GUGGUCACUGGGGAGGGAAAGAGAUGAGGGAAGUGGGGGGCCAGGCAUCGGCGGCAGGAAGGUUGAGAAGGGGCCGCCCCCUAGUCCUGGCGGCCCCAGCCCCACACCCACACGGGAGGCCUGUGUCUUUGUUUUCCAGCCAUGACCACAGGAGCCGGCAGCAGCUUCGGCACCACCUGCUGGUGGGGCUUCUCCCCCGCGCUCGACCUGCAGAGGGAAUGUCUGGAGAGCUCCAUGGCCCAUCUGUGCCUGUCACAGGACGACCUGCCCGAGCUCAAUAUCCUGCUGGUGGGCUCCGUCGAUGGCCGGCACGUCCUCCAGACCAUGAGUCAAGCCCACCGCUGGCCACAGAGGAGGAUCAAUUUCUACAUCGUGGAGAAUAACCUUGAGGCGGUGGGUCGGCAGCUGCUUUUCCUCAGCCUCGCCCUGGAGUCUCCGGAGAAAAUGGGUCUGCAAGAGAAGAGUGAGAUGUUCCUGGAGCUGCUGGGGAACAGCCUGAUCCGCAGCCCGACAGCCGCCUACCUGCAGGAGAAAUCGGACCUGUUCAUCCGUUACGUCACCGAUCCGGACUUCCAGCAGUGCCACCUGGGGGCCGUGGACCUGUCGGCUCUGAAGUUCAAGGAGCGGGAUCAGCUGGAGAGCAUCUUCCGCUUCUGGCGGAACCCGGACCCGCAGGCCUUCCCGAUCGCCCGGCUCUGGGACCUGCGGGUCCGGCAGUACCUGGGCACCCGUUACGACGCCCGCCGCGGCGUGUGUGACUGGGACCUCACCAUGAAGCUGCACGAACGUGGGGCCAGAGCGAUCAACGGGCGGGAGUUCUCCCGGUGGCGGGACACGGGAGUGGCCUUCGAGCUGCGGGAGGGUGUCUACCACAUCCCCAACAAAACCUUGGCCUCCGGGAGGCUCCUGAGACAUAAGGGGGAGCUGGUGCCUGCCCGGGGGUACUGGGGCGACAUUGGCACAGGGCCAUACCUCCCCUUCGGGAUCGAGUCCGAGGAACCAAGUCUGCUGAAAACCGUCAACGGGAUCCCCGCCAAGACUGCCCAGGAAAUCUCCUUGUACAAUGUCACGUCCCUGUUCCACGAACUGGCAGCCCAGGCCCCCUACAUCCCCCCGCCGCCCACCCCAGAGGGGGCCAGUGGGGCUGCCCUGGCCCAGGAGAGCCCCACCCCGAAUCCAGAUCCGGACCUGCAGGAUCAUAAGGCUGCCUGCCCCGGGCCCGUCCUGAUUCACUUCCUGCCGCUCGGCUGCACAGCUCGGCUGCCCUGCAAGAACCAGUAUCACCAGCGCUUCCACCUGCUCUUCUUCUCCUGCAGCAGGCAGCACACCCUGACCCGACUGCAGCUGUACGGCCUCCCAAGGCUACGAAUCAAUACACUGAGCUAA